GCAGGGCAUCGUCACCACGGCUAUGUGCAGAAACGUAGUAGCCUCUUUCCUUCUGGUCGCAACGGUCGCGAAUGCUGGAGUGCUUCAUCUGCAGCCGGCAGGCAUUUUAGAAGGACCUAGCACCAAAACGAAAGUCGUCGGACCGGACGGAAGCAUUAUCGACGCCUACGCCCCUGGGGGCCGAAUCGUCCUUGACGGUCACGCCGGACCUCUAGCGCAACCGGAGCCCUUAGUUUACGCGUCUCCAGCUAUCGCUGAGCCUCAAAUCUAUGGAAUGAACGUGCACAGUGCGGUAGCCGAGGAAGAACCGCUUACCAAUAGCGUGGAAAAUGCCAAAGUCAUUCAAACUCCUUUAAAAGAACCCUCGAUCGAAUACAACGAUGGGGAGGAGCCUAAAGUCUUGCUUCAUCCCGGCACUGAGCCUAGAGUUGAAACCAGAGAGUCGAUUCCAAUUACGGAGGAACCUGCCGAGACUACUAGGGAAUUGACGACCGACGCGACGUACACCACUGUCGGCUUCGGAGUAUCUGACGUAGAUUUGAGCGGGCGAUAUAUUCCCGACAACUUGGAACAGCUGUACGACGACGGCAGUUACAGGGUGGAACACUACUGAA